AUGGAUCUUGGUGCAGUUGAAACAGAAGAAUUGUUGGCCAUUAUAGACGAAGUUAAACUGUCGUUUGUAACUAACAAUGAAGUUGCCAACAUCGAUCAUUCACAGAGUAUACACAAAGAGAUUACAAAUGCAUUCAUACAGCAACAGGAUGAACUUUCUAUCGUAGUGAAAGAUCUCACACAGAAACUGAUAGCGUUCGAAAAGAAUGAAAUGAACCGUGAGGAUUCAGAUGAAGUACACAACUCUAAACUAAAACAAUAUCAAGAUCAACGUAGAGCCAUACAAUUGAGUAUAACUCAAUUAGAGAAUGAUAUAUUAGAUUUAAAAAAGACAUUAACAUUGUCAAAAGAACAAUCCGCUAAACUCAAGGAAAGAGAACAACAACUUGAAAAACAAAAGAAUCAAUUAAUACCAUAUCAAGAACAUCUAUUUGCUUUGUAUAGUGCUAUUAGUUUGAUUAGAUGGGAUAUACCAAGUGAACAAUCAAUGACACAAGAUAACAAUGUUGUAACGGGAAUCAUGUCGAAACCAAAAUAUGGAAAGAUAUCAAAAAUAUCUUUGGAUCCCGUGAUUGAAGAUCGUUUUGAAAUGACGGAACGUGAUUUUCAUUAUGUUGCAACUAUUCAUAAGAAUUUCUUAAUUAUUAUAAUUAAUAUCAGAGGCGUCGAUAAAUUCGUCGUCGGCAUCAUCGUCGUCGUCCUCUUCGUCGUCGUAGGAGUUGCUGUCUUCGCCGUCAAGCGAGAUCUCGCGCAGCUUUGGUGUGAGCGGUCCCUUGUCAGUGGUGUUCUCGAGAUUCUUCCAGUCGAUCGACUCAAAGAAUGGAUGACUCUUGAUCUCGUUGGUACCGUUGCACCCACAGCCAAGACGACGAUCGAUGUCGACCACAACCAGCUUCUCAAUCAAGUCUUUCGCCAGCGGAUCAAACGUUGGCGGUAUCUUCUUGGAGAUAUCGCACUCACGCACCAGCUUGAAGAUAUGGUUGUGCUGGUCGCCAAUGAACGGCGGAACACCGACGAGCAUCUCGUAGAUCAAGAUACCGAGUGA